AUGGCGAGCUCCUUUGUACCUGUCGCAGUACCGGUGAAGUGGACUCUGUCUAGACCUGGGAGUAGCAGAUCUGUCGGAAGUCUAUCCAGCAGUCCGGGGUCUCCCAGAGGUCACGAUCCGUGGUCAAGCGGAGGUCCCAUCAGCGGUCCUCCCAGUAGUCCCUGCCCGCCGCUGGGGUCGCGGAGGGGAUUUGAGCGGUCCAGUGGUGUCUUUUCCAAUGUGGAGAGUAGCUCUUUACAGGAUGACUGGGAGGACAGACCACCCACCCCUACCUUGUUGGGUUAUGAGGUCAUGGAAGAGAGGUCAAAGUUCACGGUCUAUAAGAUAUUGGUGAGGAAGACUCCAGAUGAAAGUUGGGUUGUUUUUAGACGAUACACCGACUUCUCCAGGCUCAAUGACAAGCUGAAAGAAAUGCUUCCAAGAUUCAAGCUCUCCCUGCCACCCAAGCGCUGGUUCAGAGAUAACUAUGAUAUGACCUUCUUGGAGGAGCGUCAACUGGGCUUACAGACCUUUCUACAGAACCUGGUUGCUUUCAAAGACAUCGCUAACAGUGAGGCAGUUAGAGCAUUCCUGUGCCUGGAUGAUCCACCAGGUCCAUUUGACAGUCUAGAGGAGAGCCGGGUGUUCUGUGAGACACUGGAGGAGACCAACCACCGCUUACAGAGGGAGCUGGUUGACAAGCACAGACAGAUUGAGUCUCUUAAAAAACUCAUAGAAGAAAGAGACCUCAAAAUCUGCUUACUGAAGAAUGCAGUGUAA